AUGGGUGGUGCGUCUGGUUUGAAUAUUCUGCAGCAGAAAUCGUGGCACGUUCUGAGACGACAUAACAUCGAGCGCGUCCGAAAAGACCAGCGAGAAGAACGAGAAAGGCAGCAAAAAGAGGAUGACAGGAAAAAUCUAGUAGAGUUUGAAUCAAAGCUCGAUCGCCUUAGGGCAAAGGCAUCAAAGAGCGACUCGACAGCUGUAGCGACAACAAGCUCAAAUGAGCCGCUCAAUCUCUUCAAAGUCACUGAUCUAAAAGACUUGAAAAACGUCGACAAGCAAAUUGAGGAUCAGCAAGAUGAGGACAAGCGACUGCGGAAAGAAGGCUUCCUCACGUAUCUUGGUGAAACCGUUCUUGAAAACGACAGUCCUUGGUAUGCAACACAGCGUGGCGUUGAACAAACCAAAAAGGCAAAAGACGAAGAACGCUUCGCAAAGGAUGAGAUUCGUAAGACAAACGAAGAUCCUCUCGCAAAAUUCGCCAAAGAAAUGAAAUGGGCUGCGCCGAAAAAGAAAGAUGACCUCAUACCGCUGCGAGCACCAGAAGACAAUUUCCUGAGAAUCGCGUACGAAGAAGAAGUGAAGCGAGAAAAACUAUCGUUUUCUCCUCCAAGACAAGAAAGAUCACCAUCUCCAGAGUUCAUUUCCGAAUCCAGGUCAAAGAAAAAGAAGAGCAAGAAAUCGAGGAGAGAGUCUCCAAGAAGAAGGAAGACCUCCAUCAGACCUACAGAACCCUCAUCCUCAAGCUCAUCUUCCAGCUCCGCAUCGUUGAUAGCGAUGCUCAGAGCCAAAGCGGAUAAACGAAUUCAGCGAGAGCGCGCGAAAACCCAAGACCUUUUUGACAAAAUCAACGGCGUUGUAAAGAAAGAGCCAGAAGAGCCAGUUGAGGAAAUGGACGAGCGAAAACGGGGCUACAAUUCUUGCUUCAACCCGAAAUUUCAAGCUGCAAAAGAACGUCGAAGAAAUUCUGAGUAUUAA